UAACCAAUACAGAUAUGAGAGGCGUGAGCGUUCUUGUUGUGCUCGCUGCAGUGACUCUUUGCGCUGGUGGUGAAUAUUUCCCGGACUGGAGCUCUCUAGACACCCGACCCUCGCCGUCUUGGUACGAUGAGGCGAAAAUUGGGAUUUUUCUUCACUGGGGAGUUUUCUCCGUGCCUUCUUUCAAAAGUGAAUGGUUCUGGAACCUCUGGCAGAACGAUGACUUCGAAGUGAUCGAAUUUCUCAAGAAAAACUACCCGCCGGGAUGGACCUAUGCGGAUUUUGCCCCGCAAUUCCGUGCCGAAUUCUUCGAUCCGGACCGUUGGGCUGCGCUCUUCGAAAAAUCGGGUGCCAAAUACGUCGUUCUGACUUCGAAACAUCAUGAGGGGUUCACAAAUUGGCCAUCAUCGACGGCAUUCAAUUGGAACUCUCGGGACAUCGGGCCCGGCAGGGACCUCGUCGGCGACCUGAGGACAGCUGUCAGGAAGAGGAGCCUGCGUUUCGGUGUCUAUCACUCCAUGAUGGAUUGGUAUCAUCAGCUCUACCUCAAGGACAAACAGAACAAUUGGAAGACUCAACACUUCGUGGAGGCGAAGUGCAACAAUGAAUUGUAUGAGCUCGUCAAUCAAUACGAGCCGGACAUCCUCUGGUCAGACGGAGAAUGGGAGGCUCCGUCGCGCUAUUGGAACUCCACGAAUUUCCUCGCUUGGCUGUACAACGAAAGUCCCGUCAAAGAUGUCAUCGUCGUCAACGAUCGAUGGGGAAAAGAAACCCGCUGCAAGCAUGGCGAUUUCUAUAACUGCGACGACCGAUUCAACCCUGGAACACUCCAGGAGCAUAAAUGGGAGAACUGUAUGUCACUCGAUCGGUCGUCCUGGGGCUACCGGAGGACAAUGACGUUGGACGACGUUCUAACUAUCGAGGAGCUGUUGAAGACGUUGGCUGAAACAAUAAGCUGCCAUGGCAACAUCUUAAUCAAUGUUGGACCUCGUAGCGAUGGUACGAUUGACCCCCUCUUCGAAGAGCGACUGACACAGCUCGGCGAGUGGCUCCAAUUGAAUGGUGAAGCAGUUUACGGAUCUAGACCGUGGAAGGACCAGAGGGAUGCAGCUGACGAGAAUGUCUGGUACACCCAGAACAACGGGAACGUUUACGGCAUCGUCACGUCAUGGCCCCAAGUUCUGAAGCUCGGCUCCUUCAACUCAACUUCCUUCGACGAGCACGCGACCGUCACGAUCAUAGGCUACGACGAACCCCUCUUGGUCUCACGGGAGGCCGAUGGCAUAACGAUCCACUUCCCCGCGCUGUCGUCCAAGUCCAAGCCCAUAUACUUGCCUGUUCUGGAAUUCGCCCUCCCCGCGAAAGCUCUCACCGGCUAGGACGCUAGGAGAUCGACGAAAUAAAGGCUAAUGAGGGAGAUCAAUCUCUCGAUCUUGGCUCUCGGGAAGAAGAAUCGGGAGCGAGGACGCUCGUCUUCUUCUUUGGCGGAUGCAUGCCGAUCCUCGUUGCGGAAUCGUAGAAUAUAAGCAGGAGGAGCUUUCGGAGGAGCUCAGUUUCUUUCAGGUUGUUUAUUCUAGGAAAGAUUUGAUACAUCUCUCAGCUCCACGAUACGCUAUCACAACGCGCUGCUCGUCGCGCUCUGAAGAAACAUACAUUCAUUAAAGCAUCAGGCGUCUUUUGAACGUCUGCCAGCCGAUAUAUUCUGACCAUGGAAGUUAUUGCGCGUCUGACUGCAAUAAAGCAUCCUCUAGCGGCAUACGAUGCCCGCAUUCGUGAAGUUGAGAGUCAGAAUGACUCGAGUGACAGAGUC